CUCCUUUCAUCCACAAAAGAAAAAGAUUAGAAACCCCUAAUUUCUCUUCUCUCAACCCCUAAUUUCUCUUCUCUCUUCCUUUUCAAAAAGUUCUCAGAUCUCGUUUUCGUUUCAUGAAUGGCUCGUACUAAGCAGACCGCUCGUAAGUCCACCGGAGGUAAAGCUCCAAGGAAGCAACUCGCCACCAAGGCUGCAAGGAAAUCAGCACCAACAACUGGAGGUGUUAAGAAGCCACAUCGUUACCGUCCCGGAACUGUUGCUCUUCGUGAGAUCAGGAAAUACCAGAAGAGUACUGAGCUUUUGAUCAGGAAGUUGCCUUUCCAGAGGUUGGUUCGUGAGAUUGCUCAGGAUUUCAAGACAGAUCUUCGAUUCCAGAGUCACGCUGUUCUUGCUCUUCAAGAGGCUGCUGAAGCUUAUCUAGUUGGAUUGUUCGAGGAUACUAACUUGUGUGCAAUUCACGCUAAGAGAGUCACAAUCAUGCCUAAAGAUAUCCAGUUAGCAAGGCGUAUUCGUGGUGAAAGGGCUUAAGUUCUUUAAUUGUUCUGUCAAUUCACGCUAAGAGAGUCACAAUCAUGCCUAAAGAUAUCCAGUUAGCAAGGCGUAUUCGUGGUGAAAGGGCUUAAGUUCUUUAAUUGUUCUGUUUUCUAGGGUUUGAUUUUUUAGGGUUAUGGAGAAUUUGUUUUUGCUUUGUAAAUAAAGCAAUUUACUCUUAUCAAGACAAUCUUUCGUUUUAUGAAUUUUAAGAUGUAGUUUGUGGUAUGAAUUUUUCAUUAUAAUCAAUGAAAUCUAUUCAUUACUGAUAAUUUUUCUUUCA